CGCUGCGGAGCCCAACGUGUGUGCACGCGAGACGUUACAAAGCUCGCGCGAGAGCGGUCACUUGUUUAGAACCCCCGAAAGAUGGCGGCGGCGGCGCCUCCAGAUGAGGCCAGCCUGCAGUCUCGCAUCAACAAGGCCACUAACCCUUUGAAUAAGGAGACGGACUGGGACAAUAUCAAGGGAUUUUGUGAUCAGCUCAACAAUGAACCAGAAGGCCCCCAGCUUGCGACCAGACUUCUGGCCCAUAAAAUCCAGUCCCCUCAGGAGUGGGAAGCUAUGCAAGCGCUUACGGUUCUUGAAACGUGCAUGAAGAGCUGUGGGAAGCGAUUUCACAGUGAAGUGGGAAAGUUUCGCUUUCUCAAUGAGCUCAUCAAGGUGGUUUCACCUAAGUAUCUGGGUGCACGGGCUCCAGAGCCAGUGAAGAAGAAGGUGUUAGAAAUGGUGUACAGCUGGACGGUGAGGCUGCCUGAUGAGACCAAGAUAGCAGACGCCUAUCAGAUGCUGAAAAAACAGGGCAUUGUCAAGCUGGAUCCCGUUCUUCCUGAUGACAAGCCCCUUCCACCCCCUCCACCCAGAGCCGAAAGUGCCCUCUUUGAGGAUGAGGAGAAAUCCAAGAUGUUGUCGCGCUUACUAAACAGCACCCACCCUGAAGAUUUAAGAGCAGCAAACAAGCUCAUUAAGGAAAUGGUCCAGGAGGAUCAAAAGCGCGUGGAGAAGGUAUCAAAGAGGGUGAACGCCAUCCAGGAGGUGAAGGAGAGUGUCAGCCUGCUGAGCCAGCUGCUGGAGGGCUACAGCAAAGAGAGCUGCUCCCAGAGCAACCAGGAGCUCAUUAAAGAUCUGUACCAGCGCUGUGAAAAGAUGAGGCCCACAUUAUUCCGAUUAGCAAGUGAUACAGAGGAUAGUGAUGAAGCGUUGGCGGAUAUCUUACAGGCCAAUGACAGCCUGACACAGGUCAUCAACAUGUACAGACAGCUGGUAAAGGGGGAGGAUGUGUCAAAGGAUGGCAUAACCACGCACUCAGAAGCAGGCAGCAGUAGCUCAGCACUAGUAGACCUGAUGGGGCUCAAUGCAUCAGCCAACACAGCACCGUCCCACCCAGAACCCUCCAACCUAGAGACCCUGACUCAGAACAUCGGCAUCAGCCUCUUGGACGAUGAACUAAUGUCUUUGGGACUGAAUGCAACGGAAAACUGCGACUCUCAGAACACUUUUCAGCAAGUUUCCUCUGAUAGCACAGAAUCGUCUGCUACGUCGGUCCCGGCUGCAGUUUUGCUACCAGCUGUGAUCCAAACUCCACAGGCUCCACCAGUAGGUGGGCCCGCUGCUCCACCUAAACCCAUGGAAGAGUUGGAGUUGUUGGGGAAGACAUUGUUACAGCAGUCCUUACCUCCAGAGAGCCAGCAGGUCAAAUGGGAUAAACUACAACCUCAAUCCAGAGUCACCUUACGAGAUCUACAGAAGUCCAGCACCAAUUCAAAACCUCCAAAUGCAACCACCACCUCCUCUGGUCCUGGUCCGGCUCUGGGACCCACAUCUAGCCUGGCCAUCCAGUCAGAGCAGCCUGACACUCUCCUCCUCUCCAAUCCCACUGACCCUUAUGACAAAAUCUCUCUAGUUGACGUUACCGUGCCUCUGGAAUCAAUCAAGCCCAGCAGCUUAUUACCAGUGACUGUAUUCGACAAACACAGUCUCCGGGUUUUGUUCACCUUUGCCCGUGAUUGUCCUCCAUCGCGGCCUGAUGUACUGGUGGUGAUCAUCUCAAUGCUGUCCUCGGCCCCCAUCCCUGUCACCAACAUCCGCUUUCAGGCAGCUGUGCCAAAGGUGAUGAAAGUGAAGCUACAGCCUCCCUCUAGUACUGAGCUCCCGGCCUUCAAUCCCAUCUUGCCUCCAGCUGCCGUCACACAGAUCCUGCUCUUGGCUAACCCUUACAAGGAAAAAGUACGUUUGCGGUACAAGCUGACUUUCAACCUGGGAGACAAAUCUCAUGAUGAAUCUGGUGAUGUGGACCAAUUCCCGUCUCCAAACACAUGGGGGAACCUUUAGUGAGAACGACCACCCUCCUGUUAUCUGAUCUGCUGCUUCCUUUUAGAUUUAGGUCGAAGUUGUACCUCGUCGUCGAGGCAAGAUGGCCUCUUUACACUUGAGCGGUUUCAAACUCCGGUUUGGUAAUCCAAACAUGAGACCAGUUGUGGGAAGCAGCUUCUACCUUGUGCCUUCCUUCACAGCCUUCCCGUCCUUAAUCAUCAAUCAUCUGUGUUCCUGUUUUUCUUUUUUUUUUCUUCCAACAAUCAGUCCAAUGCAAACUGUCAAAAACUUUGAUUCAAUGCAGUGACUUAUGGGGGAAACAAGUUGAGCCUUUUUAAAAACCGAAUGUGUGCAUUUGUCUGAUUUACAUACUGUUCAACAAUCCUCUCAGAUGUCCCCGUGUCAUGUGAAUUGCAUGUAACAGCAACGUGUCUCGCAUUAUUUCUGUUUACAAAACCAGAAUGGUCAACCUUAAAGCAAGUGUCCGAUGCAUUCCCAAAUUUGGACGGCUUGAGCAAAAAUGUCCCACAUGUAUUGAUUAUUGUAAUUUGUGUGUCUAGUGUUUGUUCUGGGUGGUCAGAGUAGGGUUGCAACAGAUCAUGAUUUUCUUUUAGACCCUUUUCAGUCCGUUAAAGUGAUAUCUUAAAUGUGUUUACAGCACGACCAACAGCCAAAACACCCAAAGUAUUCAGCUUAUGAUGCGGAAUAGUUGAUAUUUUAAAAUGAAACUAAAUCAUUACAAUUGAAAUUGAUAUCAAGCAAACGCAUUGAUAAAGUGGCAGCACUAUUUCUGCAGGAGGAUUUAAUAGUCAAAUGGUGUCAGGCUUAACUUACACCUAACUACUAAUUAAACCUCCUGUUGUUGAUUUGUCAAACACAGAGCUGCAUAGGGAAAAUUAAAACGAUAAAUUUAAUUAUAAACACAAUGAAGUCAUUCAAGUGCUAUUCCCUUUUGUCCAGUAGAGACUGUCUGAAAUUGUUAUAACUGGAAAAGUAUCAGGAGAACGUAAUCUGUGUCUCCAGUCAGCAUAAAUAAUGAAUAGCUACAUCAUUUUAUUGUCUUUGUUUUAAUAUUUGUGUCACGCUUUGGGAAAUUAUAUUUGAGUGACAGCAGGUCUCUUAACACAGCAGACUUGUCACAGGUGUUACUGACAACAUUAACAAUGGCUCUGUUCUAUUCUAUAAGUGUGACAGUGAGCCAGCACAUGCAAUACCAGGACCCUGAAGCUGAAGCAACUAAAUGGAAUUCAACCAUGGUUGAUUUUGUUAUUUGCGCCUGUGAUUUUCCCACAUGUCAACAAAAAGAGGCACUAUGAAGGAAGGGUGCUGCGUCUCCACCCUCGGUUGAAAUGCUGAAUUUCAUCUUUUAAUUUCUCCACUUUUCUUUGUUUUUGAGAUUAUUUUUUUUUUACUCAGGAUUCUGAUUUGGAGAUUUAUUUUACACAAACAUUCAUGCACUUAUUUUAAGUUUUGCACAUGGAAACCAUUCCCUAUUACAGUCUUUUCUCAUUUGCUGCUUUUCUACUGUUGAUCGACCCAAAGAGGGACGUGAAGUCCUGAGUUGACGUUGCUGACAUCUGGUUUUGAUUCUACCACAUGUGCCUGGGAUGAAAUGUUUGACUUUUCAGUUUGCUUUGUACAUAUAGGUAUACAGAUGACUAGUUUGAUGUCCAUGUCCUGUUCAGAAAAAAAGACUUUGUGAAACAAAUGAUGCUACAGAAUCAUCCUAAUAUCCACAAUCUUUGAGUUGAUUGGAGCACAGGUCCACGGUCACUUCUUAGGAUCAUGAAGACUAAAAUAAAAUGAGAUUGGAGGCAGACUGGA